AUGGUCGGGGCGGCACAACCACAGCGCCCGAGUCGCCGUGGCCAAUCACAGACUAUUCAGACCGCCGUUCCAUGGCCCCUGGAGCACCUGGAGCCGUCCCGCCGGGCCCCCGAGUUGUGCACGGCAGGGGACGGGCCCUCCUCUGCUGGGACGUCCCUUGUCGUUGUCGUUGUCGUAUCCUCCGUAUCCGUAUUGCACGACUCACUCGCCUACUUCGUCGCCCAGAGCAUCUACCGCGUCUUCCUACACCCGCUGGCCAAGGUGCCCGGCCCCUGGCACUAUGCCAUCACCGACCUCUUCUACGCCCGCCGCCACGCCGGCGGCAACUGGGACCCCCACCUCAAGACUCUUCACGACAAGUAUGGCCCGGCCGUCCGCUACACCGCCAACCAGGUCUCUUUCAACUCUGCCGAGGCCUGGCACACUAUCUACGGCCACAAGACGCAGGCCCGGCAGACCUUCAGCAAGGACCCCUUCUUCUACACGCAGCCGGACAAGACAACACCCAAUAUCAUCGACGCCAACAACGACGACCAUCGCCGCAUGCGACGCAUCCUCGCCCAUGCCUUCUCCGAAAAAGCCCCCCGCGGCCAAGAGGAGCUCGUCAACGGCUACGUCGACCUCUUCAUUCAGCGCAUGGGUGAGAAGGCCGCUGCUGCGGAGCCCAUCAAUAUUGUCCUCUGGUAUAACUUCUGCACCUUUGACCUCAUCGGCGCCCUUGCCUUCGGCAAGCCCUUCGGCAUGCUUGAGAGGGGCGUCUACCACCCCUGGGUUGCCAUGAUCUUCGAGAGCAUCAGGAUCCUGAGCUACGGCCAACUUUUGAACCGCUACCCAUUCCUUAAGCCCCUCGCCGCGCUGCUGACUCCCAAGAAGCUUGUCGACAGCUUCGCCGAGAACAACCGCUUAAGCCGCGAGACGGCUUUGCAGCGCCUGCACUCGGGCGACCAGGACCGCGAGGACUUCAUGUCUUACAUUCUUCGCAACAACAACAGCGACGACGAGAAGGUGAGGGCCCGAGGUCUCUCCGAGGACGAGAUUGCCGAGAACGCGAUAAUCCUCAUUACCGCCGGCAGCGAGACGACAGCCACACAACUCAGUGGUGCGACCUAUAUGCUGCUUAUGAAUCGAGACAAGUACGACACGCUCGUUGCCGAGAUCCGUGGGGCCUUUGCCUCUGCCGAAGAAAUCACAAUGAAUUCGGUCAACAACCUCGAGUAUCUAAUCGCUGUUUUCAGCGAGAGCUUCAGAAUGUACCCUCCUAUUCCCAUUGCCCUGACCCGUAUCGUGCCCGAAGGGGGCGAAACUGUCGGCGGUCACUAUCUUCCAGCAAAGACCGUUGUCGGUGUGCACCAAUGGUCGUCCUACCAGUGCGAGCAGAACUUCUUCGAGCCCCAGCGCUUCCUUCCCGAGCGCUGGCUCGCCAGCGUCAACACCACCGAUCCUCGCUUCGUCAACGACAAGCGCGACGUCCUGCAGCCCUUUUCAGUCGGGCCCAGGAACUGCAUUGGCAAGAACCUGGCCUACGCCGAGAUGCGCCUGAUCCUGACCCGCCUGCUGUACAGCUUCGACUUGGAGCUCCUGCCGGAGAGCAGGGACUGGGCCAGUCAGCGCAUCUACACGCUGUGGGAGAAGGGCGAGCUCAUGAUCAAGAUCACACCUGCAAAGCGCUGAGUGAGGAAAGAAGAGCGGGGGAGGCACUCACAUAAGGGUACGAAGGUAAAUUGGAGUGGAGUCCCCCCCGUGACACGCGCAGGUCCAUGUGGGCGGCAUGAUAGGAAAGGAAUCAAAUACGGAGGCGAUUGGGGGCUCGGCACUAAGAAUGUUCGUCGAGGCAUCCCUACGCAGAUAUUUGCAGAGGGAUAGGCAGAUGUGAUCGCAGCAAGAUCCUCACAGAUGGGCAGAGCUCGUCGAGGCGGGUAUUUGAGCAUGUCGAAGUUCUGUUUUUGGAAACUUUUCUACCAAAAAAGCCAGCGACUAACUUAGUCUG